AAUCCAUUGACCCCUCAAAACCUCCAACCUCGCAGACACUUCACUUCCCUUGAGCUCAAACCCCACAAUGCCUUCUCUCAUUUGAUCCCCGGUCCCUCAUCAUCUUCUUCUUCUUCAACUCUCACUCACUCAUCUUGUAUCUGCAUUUUUCAUUUUCCUAAAUCAGCAAAAUGGGGUGCUGUCUCAGCUCCUCCGCCACCGACAAGUCCUCAGCUCCCAAUCAGCCCCCACAUUUCCAGAGAUCCGACGACAGCAGGGCUCCGCCGCCGGUGGUGGACGAAGAGACCGUGAAGGAAGUGCUUUCAGUUUCAGAGACACCGAGGCCGAAGCCAACCCAAGAACAAGAACCAGUGUUUCAAGAUCAAAUUCAAGAACAGAAGAGGACUCAAGAACCGGUGUUUGAAGUGAAACUGGAUCGGGUUCAAGAACAGAAGAGGGUCGUCGACGUCCAAGAACUACUACCUGUCUUUGAGGCGGAGGAGAACUGGGAGAAGAGAAUACCCACUUCCGGCGGCGGCGACGGAGAGAUCUCGGAGCAGGCGUCGGAGAUUUGCAGCCUGCAGAGCGAGAGCUUCUCCGCGACGACGGUAACCAGAGACGAAGACGAUGAGGUUCAACAGAGGGUAGUCAACAACAGCAGCAACAGAGUGUCGCCGGUGAAAUUACAGAAAAACCCCCGGGACGUCGGGUUUAGGCCGGGCCGGGUGGUGGGUAAGUCUCCGACGCGGAGGACGGACGCGUCGCCGGGUCGGAGGUACGGUCCGAAUGGGAAUGCAGUCGGGUCAGCGAGGGUGGUUCAACCGGGUCAGGGUGGUAGGCGGGUCGGGUCGAGGACGGAGUCGAACCGGCGUGACCCGGGUGAGAGCUCGGGUCGGAGGUCCAGAUCGCCGGCGACGAGGAUUGCGGAGAACGGUGGAGUUAAUAGAGCAAAUGUGGGUCGGAGCCCGUCCGCUAAUAGGAGGUAUCCGGGUCGGAGUCCCGUUGGUCCGGUUGAGAGUUCGAAUAGUUCGACCCGGAGAAUAUUUGAGGAGCCCAAAAUGGAGGAGGGUAAAUGGCCCGCAAAUGAGUCCCUUGAUAACCCACAUGUUUCUUUGGAAUGCUUCAUUUUCUUAUGAAAACGGGUACUGACCCGACCCCGAAUCAUUGAAUCCGAACCUCCACUGUUUUGGCUUAGAGAAAAGGUAGAGAGGUCAAGUCUUGAGCUCAACCUAGUUGAUGCAAGUAAAUGAGUGUAGUAGUAUAUGUCUGAUAUUUUCUUCCACUGCAAGUUUUAUUUUCUUGUACUAGCUAGUUUGUGUAAAGAUCACGACUUUGAGGUAAUUUAUUCAAUUACAAACUCCUGUAAAUUUUUACUAUUGCUUUGUUUCUCCUUGUACUAUUUGUAAUCACUAUAGUGAAUGAUUUACGGGUUUAUUGGCACUUUUGUU